AUGUCGACAGACCAAGAAAAGGCCCUAGGGGUCAAGGACCACUGGAAAGCAAUAAUUGCGAUGACCCUAGUAUCUCUAAGUUCUUUCCAAUAUGGACUCGAUUUCGGUAUUAUUGGCGGUCUUCAAGCCAUGGUACCAUUCCUAAAGGUCUUUGGGCAGGAAGACCCAUCAAUUCUACUUGGAUGGAAUAUUCCAUCCGAUAGACAACAGCUUAUUGCGUCUUUGAUGGUCCUCGGCGCCUUUGUGUCUUCUUCGUCUGCUGGAUUUACUGCCAAGUAUGUCGGCCGAAAGCUAUCUCUGUGGAUAGCAUGCAUUGGUGUUUUUGCAUCGACCGCUCUCAUGCAAGCUACUACAAACAUAGGGGGUCUAUACGCGGGAAGACUGAUACUUGGCCUUGCUAAUGGGCUGCUGAUGACACACUCACAACUUUAUGGUACUGUUCCCAGCCGUUACAGAGGAUUGGGAAUAUCGUUCCUCACAUAUUGGGUCUCAUUGGGAUCCCUUAUUGGGACUAUCGUAGAUAACUUUACAGCCAAGAUCGCAAGCAAGAACGCCUACAUUAUCCCUUUAGGUAUCGUCUACAUUGUUCCUGGGAUCUUGUUUAUCGGACUCUUCUUCAUCCCCGAAUCGCCCCGCUGGUUGGCCGCGAAAGGGCGAUUUGAUGAAGCCGAACAGUCCUUACAUCGGCUACGGCCUGAAGGAUGGUCUGUUUCGCAAGAAUUAACAGAUAUGAAGACGACUCUAGAGGCAGAGGCCAGACUACAGUCGGGUAUUGGAUACGUAGACCUCGUCAGGAACCCCAUCGACCGCCGCAGGACAACUAUCGCUAUACUUGCUCUCACAAGUCAAGCAGCAUCAGGUGCAAUGUUUGUCAUAUCUUACGGAACUUACUUCUUCGAGAUGGCGAACGUAGGAAACGCUUUCGAGAACUCAUGCAUCCUCACCGGAGUCGGGGCGGCCGCCCUAGGAGUUACCGCCAUCUUGAUUACCAAAUUCGGACGUCGACGACUUAUGAUGAUUUCAGGUUUUAUUUUCUGCGGGAUUUCUCAGCUUAUCAUUGCUAUAGUGUACACGGUUCAUCCCAAUACAGAAAGCUCCGGAAAAGCUCUCGUUGGUAUGAGUGUCCUCUACAUAGUCGCGUACAACUCCAUGGUCGCACCUUAUGCAUGGUUAUCUGGAGGAGAGCUCUCCUCGCAGCGUCUACGCUCGCACACAUUUGGUCUAGCUACAGGUGUUGGGUUCUUCUUUGCUGUAACUUUCACAGCGCCGUAUUUCAUUAAUCCAGAUUCGCUAAACUGGGGACCGAAGUAUGGCUAUAUCUGGACUGGUUCCUGUGCCGCUGCCGGAAUCUGGAUCUUCUUCUUCUUGCCUGAAGCAAAGGAUCGUACAUUGGAAGAGAUUGAUGAAAUGUUUGAAGCUCAGGUUCCGGCACGAAAGUUUCGCAAAUAUCGUUGCACGGGAAAGCAUGCAGCCCUUGGUGAGAAGACCCAAACGGAAUACAUCGAGGAGAGGGUUGGUCAUGAUAAAUAA